AUGCAGGCAACUCAAGGGAACGUGUUGCGCCCUAAAGAGCCUGAUCUGUCAAAUCAUUACGGCUACGGCCAUCUCACUUCGGUGUUGGCCGAGGCUCGACGUGUGCGUUUCUUUGACCCUCUUCGCGAACCUCUAGAAACCGCCAUUGGACGCGGGGUUGCCGCUCUCGAAUCCAUAGGCCCGCAUAGCAGCAACUGCUUCUGGAUCGAGAAGGUCAGCUAUUCCUCUCCUCUGCUGGCCGGGUCAUACCGACUGGCAGCACUAAAGGCGGCUAGCUCCCCUGUGGGUGUUGUGGCGGGAUCCGAACUCUGGGAAAACGUCUCGCCCACACGACUUGACAAGCACGUCAAGCUAUUCCACCUGGCGCCACUAUUCAGUUCGCUCCCAGAAUGGGAGCUCCGCAGUUCGAUGAUCGAAGCUGCCCUCUUCCAUCCUCUCCUGAGAUCGCAUCGGCUCGACAUCUUUUUCCGCAAGGACGUGAAAGAAGACAAGUACUUUGAUGUGAUUCCGUUCUUUUGGACCAGCUGCAAUAAUCGGAUCCGCACGUACGCGUCCACCUCGUUCCUGUACGAGAUGAUGCUUAUCGCACUUUUGAAUUUCCAAGUCGACGAGUUCAUCGAGGCAGUGGCUGGGCCCUCGUUCCAGGGCCGCAUGCCUGAACUCCGCCAGCUCAUUCAUGAUUUACUCCCAGAGGAAGAUGCCAUGCAGCGGAAUAACAGUGAGGCGAACGGUCACAAAGACCCCAAACACCCAAGCUAUGACGAGGUCUUUCACGUUUUGUCAAGAUUCCUCGACUACGUUCUCAACCACCCGGAGAUUCAAUCGGCCAGUGUGUGGGACCGUAGGAUACUGAAACGUGAGCUCCGGACCUACCUUCUUGCUCAUGCCACCCAAGCCGAGGACAGCACGCGCUUCGAACGACGGGCCAGCCAGGUCUCGACCUUCACCUCGACCAAAACGAACACCUUCUUCAACUGGGUCCGCACCAUCUCCGCCGACCACAUCUCCUGCCCCUACGCCUUUGCAUUCGUGAGUUGUCUGUUGGGCGCCUCGCUGACGUCACGCGGGGGCGGCGGAGAUUGCUUUCCCACCAUAGGUGAGAAGUAUCUCUCUGCCGCGGUCUGUCGACACCUGUCGACCAUGUGUCGCAUGUACAAUGACCUUGGGUCGGCGGAACGCGACCAGGACGAGGGCAAUCUGAAUUCCAUCGAUUUCCCCGAGUUUGGCGUGUGUGGAGACGUGACCACGAAGAAACGGGCACUGUUUGAGCUGGCGGAGUAUGAGCGACACUGUCUGGUGGAAGCUCUGUCGCAACUGAACCGUCAUCAGCGCGCCGGAGCGAAGCAGAACCGAGACAUAGAAGCGGCCAGACUGGGUGAGCGCCGCAUGGAGAUUUGGUCGAUGUUUUGUGAAGAGGUCGACCUUUACGGUCAAGUGUAUGUGGUUCUGGGUAUCUCGAGUCGGAUGGUGCCGAAUGGGGGUGGACAUUAG